AUGGAAGGCCCAUUUGCCUAUUAUGGGACCUUGAUACACUCUCGCUCCCCAUCAGAGAUUGAAGUUCUUGACAAUACACUUAUCAUCGUUAAUGACAAAGGCAAGAUAAGCCACAUCUAUCCACGUUUCCCGACGGAAGAUGGCCGAAGCCUGGACGGUAUAGUUCCGGCGUUGAUCAACCAUCCUGAUGCUUGUAUACCUGUCGUUCGCCUGGAAUCUCCCAACCAGUUCCUUAUCCCGUCUUUUAUCGAUACUCAUGUUCACGCACCUCAAUUCUCGAUGCGCGGCCUUGGCCAAGGUCUCCAUAUCCUGGACUGGCUUGACCAGAUUACCUUCCCACACGAGGCGAAAUUCCACGACACUGACUAUGCGAAGCAAGUCUACGCAAGGUGUGUGGAGAUGGGCCUCCGCCAGGGCGUCACCACCGCGUGCUACUUCGGCAGUCUGCACACGCCAGCAACGAAGAUUCUCGUGGAUGUGUGUCUCGAAAAGGGCCAACGUGCGUUCGUGGGCAAGACGUGCAUGGAUAAUACCGAGACCAACCCGGAAUACUACAGAGAAGAUACCGCGGAAGCGGUGGAAGGAACAAGAGAAAUUAUUCAGCAUUGUCGAGCCGUUGACGAGAAAGGAGACGUUGUCAGGCCGAUCCUGACACCCCGGUUCGCAAUAAGCUGUACGCCAGAAUCAUUGACCGAGCUGGGCAAACUGGCCAAGGAGCACGAGCACACCUAUAGCGCGGGACAAGGAAUCGCCAAUCAAACUCACUUCUGCGAAGCUCAACAAGAAAUCGAUGCCACGUUAAAACAGUACGGGGAAUUCAGCUGCGAGGCCGACUUAUACGCGCAUUAUGGGCUAUUUGACCGCAAUUCAGUGCUUGCACACUGUACACUUCUCAGCGAGGCCGACCAGGCAAAAAUAAAGCUGCGGGACUGUGGUAUAGCCCACUGCCCAGCUUCAAACACCACCGUCGGCGGUGGCUUCAUGGCAGCCCCGAUCCGGAAAUUAUUGUCGGGCGGGAUUACCAAAAUCGGACUGGGCACUGAUUCUGGUGGUGGCUUCUCGUGCAGUAUCAUGGACGCAAUGCGGCUCGCUUUGAUUGUGGGCAAUGCACGGGAAAUGUUGUCGGGGGGAAAGGAGGGGAGACUGAAGCUAGAAGAGAUCUUUUACAUGGCGACGCUGGGAGGUGCAAAGGUCUUGAGGAUGGAGGACAGAGUCGGGUCGUUUGAGGUUGGAAAACAGUUGGAUGCAAUCUUGGUCGACAUGAGUGACCCCUACCGCCGCGAGUCUGAGCAUCUUGAUGCGGUACACACCAUGCUAGACGGUGAAAGCCAGACCCCCGAGGGUAUCAGGCGAGCCUGGGAGAAAUGGGUUAUGACGGGGGAUGAUAGGAAUCUGGCCAAAGUGUGGGUUGGUGGGAAAGUCAAGAAAGACAUAUUGGGAAGUCGGUGA